CAGCCUCGCGGGCGGCUUGCUCUGCCCCAGCCCUGCCCGGCCCGCAGGUACGAGCCGGCGAGGGACGCGCGGCCCGGCUUCCCCUCCGCCGCCGCCCGCUUCGAGUUGUUGUUUUUAACACAAAGGGCUUUUGCAAGGGGCUAAGCCACAGCCCGACUGGGUGACCCAUACCCCACCUUUGGCACCUGGCAGAGCUCACUCACAGCCACCAUGAGCGAGGCCUUUGACUGUGCAAAAUGCAGUGAGAGCCUGUAUGGCCGCAAAUACAUCCAGACGGACGAUGGUCCCUACUGUGUGCCCUGCUAUGACAGCACCUUUGCCAACACCUGUGCCGAGUGCCAGCAGCUUAUCGGGCACGACUCCAGGGAGCUGUUCUAUGAAGACCGCCACUUCCACGAGGGCUGCUUCCGCUGCUGCCGCUGCAAGCGCUCCCUGGCCGACGAGCCCUUCACCUGCCAGGACAACGAGCUGCUCUGCAAUGAUUGCUACUGCAGCGCCUUCUCGUCACAGUGCUCCGCCUGCGGGGAGACUGUCAUGCCCGGGUCCCGGAAGCUGGAAUAUGGAGGCCAGACGUGGCACGAGCAUUGCUUCCUGUGCAGCGGCUGUGAACAGCCUCUCGGCUCCCGUUCCUUCGUGCCGGACAAGGGUGCUCACUACUGCGUCCCCUGCUAUGAGAACAAGUUUGCCCCUCGCUGUGCUCGCUGCAGCAAGACGCUGACGCAAGGCGGCGUGACCUACCGUGACCAGCCCUGGCAUCGAGAAUGCCUGGUCUGCACGGGAUGCCAGACGCCCCUGGCAGGGCAGCAGUUCACCUCCCGGGAUGAUGAUCCCUACUGCGUGGCCUGUUUUGGAGAACUCUUUGCACCCAAGUGCAGCAGCUGCAAAAGCCCCAUCACAGGACUCGGCGGAGGCAAGUAUGUGUCCUUUGAAGACCGCCACUGGCACCACAGCUGCUUCUCCUGCGCCCGCUGCUCCACCUCCCUGGUGGGCCAAGGCUUUGUGCCGGAUGGAGACCAAGUGCUGUGCCAGGGUUGCAGCCAGGCAGGGCCCUGAGCCAGGACUCCGGGG